GAGCCCAGAGGACCAGCAGCAUCUGCAGCAUCCACAAUGGCCAGGCCCUGUGCUUUCCUGAUGACCUUGGUGGUGAUGAGCUACUGGUCAACCUGCUCUCUAGGAUGUGACCUGCCUCAGACUCAUAACCUCAGGAACAAGAGAGCCUUAACACUCCUAACACAAAUGAGGAGACUCUCCCCUCUCUCCUGCCUGAAGGACAGAAGGGACUUUGCAUUCCCUCUGGAGAAGGUGAAUGACCAGCAGAUCCAGAAGGCUCAAGCCAUCACUGUCCUGCAGGAGCUGACCCAGCAGGUCCUGAUUCUCUUCAUUUCAAAGGAUUCAUCUGCUGCCUGGGAGACAGCCCUCCUAGACACAUUCUGCGAUGAGCUCCAUCAACUGCUCAAUGAUCAACAAGUCUGUCUGAUGCAGCAGGUGGGGAUGCAGGACUCCUUGGUGGCAGUGAGGAAAUACUUCCACAGGAUCACUGUGUACCUGAGAGAGAAGAACCACAGCCCCUGUGCCUGGGAGGUGGUCAGAACAGAAGUCUGGAGAGCCCUGUCUUCCUCAGCCAACUUGCUGGCAAGAUUGAGUGAGGAGGAGGAGUAAGUCCUGAGCAAAGUGGAGGGAACUCUCCUGGACCAGGAUGCUGCGCCUUAUUGCAUAAAUUCUUCUUUCAAAACUCUUACUCAUUUUAACCUAUAUGUUUCAGCAAAUCAGAGUCAAUUUUUGUCUAUAUGUAAAAUUGUUUGU